AUGACAUUGGCGGCUUACGACUUCACGGUCGAGUUCGUGAGGUCCGCGGAGAACUGUCAGGCCGAUGCACUGUCCAGACUUCCAUUGCCACGCUCAUCUGUUGGACAAGGCACAAAGGAAUGCGAGGCAGCGACUUACUUGAAUUUUGUGCAAGAUAGUUUCCCGCUCAGUUUUAAAGAUAUCAAAACUGAAACGGCAAAAGAUCCCAUUUUAAGCAAAAUGUAUGGUUACGUCUUGCACGGCUGGCCGCCGGCCGUGGAUAAGGAGUACAAUGCGUACUUCAGGCGUAAAGAAAAUAUCUGUAUCGAUCAAGGCUGCCUAUUGUGGGGCUACAAAAUAAUAAUACCAAGGACGUUGCAAAACGCUAUUCUAAAAGAGAUUCACGAUGGACAUCCGGGUAUUGUUAAAAUGAAGCAAAUAGCUCGUAACUACGUUUGGUGGGCGACUAUAAACGCGGAUAUCGAGCGAGCGGCGCGCGAUUGCGGCGCGUGUCUCGCGGUGCGGCCCGAACCGCCACCGGCUCCGCUCCAUUCGUGGCCGUGGCCGGUUGAGCCGUGGUCCCGUCUUCAUGUCGACUAUUUGGGGCCCUUCAAUAAUAAAUAUUAUCUUGUUAUUAUUGAUGCUCACUCUAAAUGGAUCGAAGCUGAAAAGGUCAGCAGCACGUCGGCGGCAAACCUCAUUUCUAUUCUUAGGAAAAUAUUUGCCCGUUUUGGAUUACCAAAAAGAAUAAUUAGUGAUAACGGCCCGCCUUUCACGUCAGCGGAGGUCGCAACGUAUUUCCAACGAAAUGGAAUAGGGCAUACGCUUUCGGCUCCGUACCAUCCCGAUAGCAAUGGAGCGGCUGAAAAUGCAGUGCGCUCGGUAAAAAGGGCUUUAAAAAAGGCUUCUUUAGAAAACGAGGACGAGGAUACUGCUUUAAGUAGAUUUUUAUUCUCGUACCGGAACACCGAACACAGUACGACCGGGCGGGAACCGUCGGUGGCGUUGCUCGGCAGGCGGCUCCGAGGGCGCCUCGAUCUGCUACGGCCCGAUACUGAUGAGCGCGUCCGCGACCGGCAACUAGCUAGCGAGCUGCGUCGAGACACACCGUUGAGAGUUGUGGCUCCCGGAGACUCAGUGUUGAUUCGAGACUACUCUAGGCGCAAUCGGAAGUGGGCGGAAGGAGUAGUUCUAGAUCGUUCGAGUCCGGUGUCGUACUCCGUCAAAACGAGUGACGGUCAAAUACACAAACGACACGUGGAUCAGAUAAUGUGCGAUAAAAAUCGUAAAUCACGCUUCUCCCUCACAAAAAUUGAGGCCUGCGAUAGGCCUAGACUGAGUGUAGAAGCAGAAGAUGGUAGUGAGGCUAGAGAGCCGAGGGGGAAGGAAGAGUUGGCCAAUCGUUCGUCUCCAGAAAAGAGCCCGAGCUCAUCUACGGACCAAACGUCUCCGGUUGCGCCGCCAAUCGUGCUACGGACUUGUGCUCCCGAGUUGGCGCCGGUCUUAACGCGCCUUUUCCGGCAAUCCUAUGCAUUCGGCGUCGUCCUGAAAUCCUGGAAGACUGCUUUGGUGCAUCCGAUCCCUAAAAAGGGCAACCGCUCAGACCCGUCCAAUUAUAGACCUAUAGCCAUCACCUCAUUGUUCUCCAAGGUAAUGGAGUCCAUUAUAAACUGCCAGCUCCUGCGGUACCUAGAGGAGUACCAGCUGAUUAGCGACCGCCAGUACGGUUUUCGUCGGGGUCGCUCAGCCGGUGAUCUUCUAGUUUACCUUACUCAUAGAUGGGCGGAAGCAGUUGAGAGCAAGGGGGAGGCAUUAGCAGCCAGUCUGGACAUAGCGAAGGCCUUCGAUCGCGUGUGGCACAAAGCGCUUCUUUCGAAGCUUCCUGCCUAUGGGCUUCCCGGGAAAUUAUGCAAUUGGAUUACCAGUUUUUUGGCAGAUCGGAGCAUCAAGGUCGUUGUCGACGGUACAUGCUCGGACUUAAAAUUCGUCAAUGCUGUUGGUACUGGAGCUGGUGCUCCUUCCAUUUGA